AUGACGUUAAUAUGGCGGAAAACGUUAAAAUAGAUGUGGAACAAGAAAACACUGAAAACACCAAUAGAAAUUCCAACGAGAACGCGCCUGGUGUGACUAUUGAAUCUUUAAGCGUAUCUGAUCAACCAGUUCGCGAAACAACACAGACAGACCAUUUAAACAAACAGCUUUUAUCGGCUUUCUUGAACAAAAUAAAUCAAACAGGGGUGGGUAACUCUUCUUCGUCGGAGGAGGCAGACGAUUGGGAAGACCAGCCAGUGCAUUAACACAGAUUCCUCAAUGUUUACCCAAUGUAGAAAAGUGCUUGUGGUUGGGAUCAGCGGGACUACAAAUAGCGGCAAGUCCACAGUGGCGAGUAAACUGGUUCAGCUGAUUCCCCGGAGCCACCAUGUGUGUCAAGACUAUUACUACCUACCCCCAGGGGACCAGAGACUGGCUCCCAUAUACAUAGAGAAACUAAAUCAUCACAACUGGGAAGAUUACCGCUCCCUAGAAAUGGACCGGAUGGUAAAUGAUGUAAAAACGCUCGUCUCUACGCUACAGAAUACAGAAGAGGGACAGGCUUACGUGUUCAUCGAGGGAUUCUCAAUAUUUGGAUGGAGACCGUUAUCUAGUCUGUUUGACCUGAAGUAUUUCCUCUCGGUGGACAAGGAGACAUGUUGGAAUAGACGACAAUACAGGGACUACGACCCACCAGAUGUACCUGGCUACUUCGAGCAGUAUGUCUGGCCAUUGCACGAGAAACACAUGGAAGCCAUCAGUGACCAAGAAGAUAUAGUCUAUUUAGGAAACACUGACAGCCUGGAGGACAGAGUAAACCGGAUACUUUCCGACCUGAAGACCUUAUCCGGAAAGGACCAGCCCUCAGCACUUUGACGCAGUUUGACAACUAGGAAUACGGCAUUGUAACACUAUUUGUGUUCAAAACUUAAAGUGCAAUUCCAAGUUAUGUGAUGCAUUUGGACACUUGAAUUUGACAGUGUGUUAGAUAUUUGACUGUGAUAAGGGACACAAGUUAGUGGAAACAGUUAUCACCUUGCAUGAUCUUGUUACUGUUCCAGUUUACUGUUGCUUGUUGCUAGAUGUUAUUCUAAUUUUUACCUCAUCUGUUUUUCAAAAAGUAGAGCAUUGGUUCCUCGAUCAUCGAAAUAAAACUUUUGGAAGUACAAGCCCCACAAACGAAGUUUGAGGGGGUAUAUAGGAGUGAGCUUGUCGGUCGGUCUGUCGGUUUUCAUGGUUUCCGGAAGAUAACUCAUGAAAGGCUAGACAGAUUUGAAAAAAUUUUGGUACACAGGUGUAACAUCAGAAGAUACAGGUCAAGUUCGAUAUUGGGGCUGGUGGGGCCAAGGUCAAGGUCACUGUUACUAAAAAUAGAAAAACGGUUUCCGGACGAUAACUCAUGAAAGGCUAGACAGAUUUGAAAAAAUUUGGGUACACAGGUGUAACAACAGAAGAUACAGGUCAAGUUCGAUAUUGGGGCUGGUGGGGCCAAGGUCAAGGUCACUGUUACUAAAAAUAGAAAAAUGGUUUCCGGACGAUAACUCAUGAAAGGCUUGACAGAUUUGAAAAAUUUUGGGUACACAGGUGUAACAUCAGAAGAUACAGGUCAAGUUCGAUAUUGGGGCUGGUGGGGCGAAGGUCAAGGACACUGUUACUAAAAAUAGAAAAACGGUUUCCGGACGAUAACUCAUGAAAAGCUUGACAGAUUUGAAAAUUUUUUGGUACACAGGUGUAACAUCAGAAGAUACAGGUCAAGUUCGAUAUUGGGGCUGGUGGGGCCAAGGUCAAGGUCACUGAUACUUAAAAUAGAAAAACGGUUUCUGGACGAUAACUCAUGAAAGGCUAAAAGGAUUUGAACAAUUUUUGGUACACAGGUGUAACAUCAGAAGAUACAGAUCAAGUUCGAUAUUGGGGCUGGUGGGGUCAAGGUCACUGUUACUAAAAAUAGAAGAAUGGUUUCCGGACGAUAACUCCUGAAAGGCUUGACAGAUUUGAACAUUUUUGGUACAAAGGUGUACAUUUCAGAAGAUACAGAAAUGAGUUUGAUAUUGGGGCUGGUGGGGCCAAGGUCAAGGUCACUGUUACUAAAAAUAGAAAAAUGGUUUCUGCUUCAUAACUUUAAUUGGGCAUGAGAUAUUGUGAUGAAACUUGCUGUAUAGGCAGCCUCUGUGAAGACAAUGCUUGUGAUUGAAAAUGGGGCCAGUGGAGUAAAGGUUUUUGUGCACUGUUACGAAAAUAGAAAAACGGUUUCCGGACAAACAAUACAUGCAUGAUAAAAGAAGAUGCAGUGUGCAGUAACCUUGGAGUUAUGGCCUCUUUUCAAAGGAAUGGUUUGCCAUUCCUGUGUCCAGGCGGCAUUUGGGGGUAUUCGUCACUCCUGUGACAGCUCUAGUUUGCUACUUCUGUUGACUUAAUGUAGAUGUCAUGAUGUGAGAAACUCAAAUAUGUGGUGAAAAGGGGCAAAGACUGCCCUUUUGAUGCCACAUGUUUCAGUUUCUCACAUCCACAUACAGUGCGUACAUAAAGUCUUUUCUGAUUGAUGGCGUUGCCGUUGCCAACACCUGAUGUUAUUGCUACUCCCAGAUAUAAAAUAAUAGCACAUACAUGCCAUAUCCUCCAGUGGGGGGAAAAUACCCUGGAAUUUGUUCUGUCUCCUUGUUGGGGACAAAAAUCAUCCUUAAAUAAAAAUAAAUAAUAUAUAAAAAAUAAAAUAAAUAAUUUCAAACCUUUUACAUUCUGGUCUUGUUAUUUUCACUCGUGACUUUGAGGUGCUUGAAGGAUCACAAAAUGUUUGUGUCCAAGAAACAGCAGUAUCAGUCAUUGCAAAUGUAUAUGGAUGUAUCCUUUGUUCUUUUGAAUGAAAUGAAGUCUAUAUUUUUUCCUGAGUCCUUGUCUGCUAUUAGUUUUAUUAAGUUCAUCUGGAUAACUGACCCUGUAUUUCUUAAAAGAUAUGUCUAACUUUCAUUUUCCUGAUUAAAUUGUACUGUUGGUUUCUAUCUCUGGGACUGUCACUUGAGGAUAGCAUAUUGAUAUGGCCACCCUUUUCCUUCUUAUCCAAGAACUAACCUUUUUUGUUGGCUCAUGCUGCAGAAGUUGUUUUUCACGUCAAGAACAGAAGCAUUAUAAAGUGUGGAUUUAUAGUAUUUUUUUAUCAAUUAAGUUGCCAUGACCAACACUUGAUGUUAUUGUUACUUCCUGGUAUUGGUUUAACCAGUAUUUAUUUUGAUAAUACAAUAUAUAAUACAAGUUGACAGAUAAUCACAAAGUAAUCAUGAUAGUCAAUAUUUUUACGUAUGAAAAACACGCAGUCCUACUAGCAAUUAAAGUACACAUUAACAGAAUAAUGAAGUAAGAAGAAAUGCUUUUUUUUAAGUUUUUCUUCUACUAGGUUUUGAAUUACAGAAUGUUUCUGAUCCAUGGCUUGAGUGUACUUUGUUUAUUAUUCUUGUUGUUUUUCCUCAUCCAAUUUGAUCUUCUCUCUCAUUACAUUUUUUUUAACGGUUUAUUUCUUUUACCAGUAUUUGAACCAUGGUAGCUGGUUUCCUUCAGUUGGUCCUUCGAUUGUAACUAAGUGUUUUUCUUUUUCAAGUCUUCUGUGACAUGAAAUUCGAACAGAACACGGUUUAUUGGUAUGCCCUAAAACUAAAAUGCAUGUAUAGAAAAUAGGUGGCAGUGUCAUGGUAAACAGCUGAAGUAUAUUGGGGCUGGACAAUCUUUCGAACAGAAGUAUGUUUCACAUUUUUGUGGUUCUGGCAGGAAAAACUGGAAAAGCAUUUAGUCGUCGCUUUUCCUAAUUUGUUAGCAGGUUUAGUCUGAAAGGAGCAGUUAAGGAAAAUGUUGAAAAAUGGAAAACACCAAAUAGGGUUUCCAAAUUCAAUUACAGUGAAACUGCGUUCCCUCGAACAAGCGGUCGCUCGAGAACCGGCGUUCCCUCGAGGUCUGAGCUAGGUCCCGAACUUUUUUCCUUCUAUUUUCAUAUAAAAUAUACCCACGCUGCCUCGAAACCUAAUUAUGUCGAGCAGUCGAGCAAUAUCCUCGGUCCCAAGUACACAAAUCGUGCACAAAACCUUAUGGCUCCCUCGAGGUCAUAAUUUCACAUUUUUUCCCGAACGCGUGUAAACAAACAAUUGCCAGGUGUUAAAAUUUUCGCAAGUUGUAAAAAUUGCAAUGACAGUUAAAAGGCAAUUUAAUAAGGCGUGAAAAACCGUUUAUCACUGUUAACGCAUGACCGAUAUUAAUUGAUAUGGGCAUUUGGGAUGAUAAUUAUGACAAGUUAAUGACGAGAAGUUGAUUGUGAGAAAUUUAAAUGAGUAAUAAAAAUAUGAUUAAACACUACCAUAUCGAUCCAACAUCGGAAUCUCUGAAAAGAAUUCCUUCUUGUCACUUUGCUUUGCAAUAUGGCAAAUGAGAAAGAACUUACAAAUUGUCGAACACCUGAGCAAUCUAGUGAAGGACCCAUGACUGGGGGGAUAGCUAGAUCGGGUUCCUUACUUUCAAAAUGUCACACCCAAAUGAAAGAAAAUAAUUGUCAAACACCUGAGAAAUCUAAUGAAGGACCCAUUACUUAUACCAAGACACCAACACGCCCACUCACGUCCUUGACAGGAAAGAAUCGGUGUCUUAGUAAACAGUCUGUUUGACGACUUAAAAUACACUGAAAGAUAUUUCAUUUCAAACUGGAAAAUUGAAAAUCGGGUCGCUCGAAACAUCGGUUCCCUCGAGAUUUUGUUUCGGUCCCUGGCGACAGUUUUACUGUAUAAUAGGUUCAUAAAAUAUGGCUGAGCCCAGUCAUUGAUGAAAUGUACGUUACAAAGUAAAAAAAUGCCUUCAUAUGGCAGGUAUUGAAAAUGGUCAUUGUUGAAAGCUUUUAUUAAAUCAGAGCCAGUGGCAUGAAUAAUGUAAGAUGAAUCAACUGUGGAUAGUUUGAAGAACAGGGUGUAUAAUUUGAAGCACUUGAAAAGCAUGGCGUGUAAAUAAAGCCAAGCCGUGAAUAUUUGUACUUCACAUGGUGUGUUACCUAAACCAUGGAAAGUGAUGCGUACAUGUAAACUUAGCCAAUUCUCACUUCCUACCAAAACUUUAUUUACCAAUGUUUUUAAUCUUUGCUAAAACUUGAAAUGACCAGGCUUUCACCAAAAUUAGAAUUUAUCACUAAAGGCUACAACGCAUAAUGAUUGUCUGUUAGGUGCAACGUGAGAUCAAGCUGAAAGGUGAUUGGCUGAGGCAAUAAUUUAAGCGGGAGCUAACUGCUGACAUGGUUAAACGCCACUAAACUAAUAUUUGAACAAUGCCAUAAAUAAUUUUAGGUUAACUUAUAAUUUCAUUUGUCCUUUUGUCUUUGUUGAAAAGUUUUAUGUAUAAAUACACUCUCACCACUCUUAAAUGUUGAAUUGUAAUUGAGUCGUUAUUAUGUUUC